CCGCCAAUGAGAGCCCGGUUGCCGCUCAGCCCCGGUCCAAUGAGCAGCGGGGUCUGGGCUCGGAUCGAGAGUUGGGUUGUUCAAUCCGGGAGGAGGACAACAACCAGCUCCAGAGUGUACCGGAUGGAUGGAUGUUGGCGAUGAAUGUUUUUGUUGAUGGUGGACAUGGUUGAUCUAUCUGAUCAUUGCCAUUGAGUUAUCUGCCGAUGUUGUGAUUUAUUGUCCCAAACCUGAUCAGGCAAACUACUUUCACAAAUGAGGUGCUGCUUGGUUACAGGACGUGUGGCCUAUCACUGAGGCCACACGUGUAUCGAGAGAGAUGGAUCGUUGUAAGCACGUGGGACGCCUUCGCCUGGGCCAUGACCAUUCCAUCCUCAAUCCACAAAAAUGGCACUGUGUGGACUGCAGCACCACCGAUUCAGUGUGGGCCUGCCUCAAGUGCUCCCACGUGGCCUGUGGACGUUUCAUGGAGGAGCACUCACUCAAACACUUUCAGGAGUCACAGCACCCACUGGCUAUGGAGGUGCGUGAGCUGGAUGUGUUCUGUUUUGCCUGUGGAGACUAUGUCCUGAAUGAUAAUGCAGAGGGAGACCUCAAACUCCUCAGAGGGGCCCUCUCUACGGUUCGCAGCCCAGGUCGACGCUCACUGCGCUCCUCAACUGGGGGAGAGUGCACCUCUAGGGUUGGCGAAGGUGGGCCACAGCCUGCCAUGCAGUUGGCGUUGCGUCAUAGGAGGAAAGCACUUCUCGGGAAGAUGCUUCGGACGUGGAUCGGUAAACAUCAAGAGCUGCAGAAUCAUCGUGAAGACAAACUUGAGGAAGCUAGAAGACAAAAAAAAGAGGUUAAAAGGAGACUCAUGGAAGAGCUUGGCAAUGUCCCUCCCAGAAAGAGCGCUAGGCUUCUUACUCAGGCGCCACGUUCCACCAUCACACUCAUUCCUCUCAAAUUUCGCGACCCUCCAGAACGCCUACCUCCUCCCCCCAAGAAGCCUUCCCUUCUCACGCCGUCCCGUAAGGCUCCUCAGAAUGGCAGAGCAGCUAAACUGAGGAGGUACUACUCCACACAUGCGGUGACCCGCCGGAGACUCGCUCCGGGUGUCACUGGUCUGCGCAAUUUGGGGAACACAUGUUACAUGAACUCAAUUUUGCAAGUGCUGAGCCACCUGCAGAAAUUCAGGGAGUGUUUUCUCACUUUGGACCUGUGUGAGACUGAAGAGCUGCUGGCCAAGGCCAAUAACUCCCAGGAGAUGACGGGUGUGACGGGAGGAGUCGUAAGCAGUGGUAACGCAGCGCUGUCAGGAGGCCCUCUUGGACGCAUGGGGAAACCAGACAGUUUGAUUUUGGCUCCGGGCAAGGAAAGUGCCCCACCUUCCCCACAGGCUUCGGAGUUGGUCCAGCCCAAGGAGCCUCGCUGCUCCACCCGACAGCAAAUGUCUCUGUGCCAUGAGUUACAUACGCUUUUCAGGGUCAUGUGGUCCGGCCGGUGGUCUUUAGUCUCUCCGUUCGCCAUGCUGCACUCUGUGUGGAACCUCAUCCCUGCUUUCCGUGGGUACGACCAGCAGGACGCCCAGGAGUUCUUGUGUGAGCUGCUGGACAAGGUGCAGCAGGAGCUGGACACAGAGGGGUCCAAGCGCAGGAUAGUUAUCCCCAUCACAAAGAGGAAACUAUCCAAGCAAGUGCUGAAGGUUCUCAACACCAUCUUUCAUGGGCGGCUCCUCAGCCAGGUGACGUGUCUGUCCUGUAAGCACAAGUCUAACACAGUGGAGCCAUUCUGGGAUUUGUCUUUGGAGUUUCCCGAGCGAUACCACAGCAUCGACAAAGGCUCAGGCUCCGCAGCGUACCAGCGCAGCUGCACCCUCACUGAGAUGCUGUCCAAGUUUACGGAAAUGGAGGCCCUCGAAGGCAGCAUCUACGCCUGCAACCACUGCAACAAAAGAAGACGGAAAUCAUCCCACAAACCCAUAGUUCUGUCAGAGGCUCGUAAGCAGCUUCUGAUCUACCGUUUACCUCAGGUUCUACGGCUGCACCUCAAACGUUUCAGAUGGUCCGGGCGGAACCAUCGGGAGAAAAUCUGCGUCCACGUGGCCUUUGAACAGGUUCUGAACAUCAAACCGUACUGCUGCUCAGGCUCAGGCCACUCGGUCCACAGAGGAGGCUACACCUACGACCUGUCUGCCGUUGUGAUGCAUCAUGGUAAAGGCUUCGGCUCAGGGCACUACACCGCAUACUGCUACAACACAGAAGGAGGUUUCUGGGUCCACUGUAAUGACUCUGAGAUGAAGGUUUGCAGUGUGGAGGAAGUGUGCAACACUCAGGCCUACAUCCUCUUCUAUACCCAGAGGUCUGCCUAGGUACCUCUCGCUGUGAUGUCGACCCGUUUGGGCAACUUGAGGCUGCAUUUAUGAAAACGUUUUCCCGGGUGUCACUCAGCGAUUGCUUUGAAUUGAUUCACUCAAAAAAGAUAUCAACGGGGGCAGUAGGACAGCCACAAGCAUACAUCAAGGUGAACAUGUGAGCAGUUAAAUCUAGAUGAGAAACAUGAUUACUAAUGGUACACACACUGUAAUGUUGCCACAGUAAAUGAAAGGAAAAUCAUUUAAAUCUACAUGUUCUAAUGGGUCGCUUUGGAAUAUGUUCGGAAAAAGUCGGAAGGAAUAAAUCAAAAACUUUUUCAUGAAUGAAGCCACAGUUUGUUGCCCUGUGUGACCAGCAUAUCCGCUAAUGGCCCGGAAGCUGUGGCAGCGGGUCCGACUCCGUCCUGCUGAACCCCACGAUGUGUGUCUGUGUGUUUGAAUACAAUCGGGCUCAUGUCUGUUGCUCUCCUGAAACAGCAUUUGACAUUUAAAAGCCACACGGAGUCUGGAUUUUACAGCAUUUCUAUCACAAUAAUGUUGUUAAUGUGCAUUUUAUUUGUACCUGUACAUUUGAUAGCCAAUGCACUAAACAUUAUAAAAGGUACUUAGUUCAACAUCAUUGUGUAGUUCCACUGAAAUGAAUCUAGUGACUGAAGUCCAGACUCUGUCGCCUCCUGUUUGACAUUUCUAAUUCUGGUGAAAUGUCAGUCAUGGAAAGUUAAAGCUCCUCCCUGUGUUGUUUGUACUCCAUCGUGUCUCCUCAAGUGUCCUGCUGUAACUGGACACCGUGUCUUAGGCUCAAGAGAACAGGAAUGGUUUUAGUUUAUUUUGUAGGCGUUCUAUGUUUCACUUUCAUAAAAACACGUGAUUGAUGAAGAGUGAUGGACAGCUGCACUCUUGAGGAGGGGCUCCUGUUGUUGGUCCGAUCUUUGUGAUUGUUCAUCUUUAAGAGCCUGUAUCUUGUUAAAAUGGCAGCUCCCCCUGUGGUGUACCGGUGAGGUAGUCUGAGCCCGGCUCGCAGACACUGCAGCCGCAGGAGAAGCGAGUGCGAGGGCAGACUGCGAUGAAGAAGAAUGUGUUGGCGUUCCCAUUUUGAGUUGAGCACCUGAAAGCAAUAUAUUGUACAUCUUGCAUCUUGACAGGAAAUUAAGAAAAAAUCAGGAAUUCUUCUGCUUCUUAGGCAAAAAUUUUUUUCUACUCCGCUGUUUCUAUCAAGGUCUUUAGAAUUUGCUCGGUAAUCAAGAAAACCUGUUGUGUUUGAUACGAGUCAAACACAAAUUACAUUUGUGAACAAUCUAAUGACGAUGAAUGUCUUACUUUUCAGUGGUCAGGUGUAGCCGUGCCACCGGCUCUGAUCCCUUUGAGUUCUGUCUUGUACUGUACUGUCAUAAAUGUAAUGGUCAUAUGGAUUUUACCAGACGGUGAUUAUUAAAAAGACAAAACAAAUUUGAAACGAU